AUGGUUGUGACUCUGUCAUUAUUUGAUCAAUCUGUUGGUCUUAACCAUUACUAUGUGAGCUGCUUGCUCAAGAUAUUCGAGUGGAGUGCUCGACAAAUACACUUAUCGGCUAAGGAGAAAAACCAAAAUUCGCAAAAUCUGUGCAUGAAAGUAAAUGACAAUGACUAUGUGGACAAUUCGAAUCUCGAGUUGGAGCAUCCGACUGCUUUCGAUGAUUUUGCUGGUGAGAAGAUAAUAAAAGGUCGAAAAAGGAGACAUUCCAGACCAAGGAUAAUAUUUCGAGAGACAUCGGUGCAUUUCGAUGAUGAAAAUGGACAACAAAUUGCGAAUAUUCGAGGUUGGACGGUUGUACGCGACAGUAUGCAUUUUGUCAAGGCAGGCAUUGAGGCAGUUAUCCAGGAUGAUGUAACCAGUCGAUUUGAAGCUGAACAACUCGUUUCGUGGAACAUGCUUACUCGAACUAGUUUAUCUUUCAAUCAAUUUAUUAAUUGGAAGUUAUCGGUUAUUUGGGCGCUGGGAUUUUUGUUUCGAUAUACAGUUUUACUUCCUAUGCGUUUGGUUCUGUUACUCACUGGUGUUAGCUUCAUGAUUGUUAGUACAGCCAUGAUUGGGUUAUUGCCGGAAGGAUCACAGAAGCGGUGGUUCAAUGAGCGUUGUCUGUUAUGUGGUCAUCAGAUCUUAUCCAGUUGUGUGUCUGCCGUCAUCACAUUUAAUAAUCGUGAAAAUCGGGCUCGAAAUGGAGGAAUUUGUGUUGCAAACCAUACGUCACCGAUUGAUGUAAUGAUACUUAGUGUGGAUUGUGCGUAUGAUUUGGUUGGGCAGCGUCAUAGUGGUUUCCUUGGAAUUCUGCAACGCGCUCUUAGUAGAGCAAGUUCGCAUAUAUGGUUUGAGCGAAGUGAAAUUCGAGAUCGUUCAUUUGUUGCAGAAAAAUUGAAAGAACAUGUUGACAAUAAGAAUUUGCUUCCAAUUUUGAUUUUCCCUGAAGGCACAUGCAUCAAUAAUACGUCAGUGAUGAUGUUCAAGAAAGGAUCAUUCGAGAUUGGAACAACAAUCUAUCCAAUUGCAAUGAAAUACGAUUCUCGUUUUGGUGAUCCAUUCUGGAAUAGUAGUCAACAUGGUUGGUUUGAGAAUUGCUUUCGCAUGCUUACUUCAUGGGCUAUUAUAUGUGAUGUUUGGUAUCUGGAACCCAUGAAGAAAUUUCCCAGUGAAAAUGCAAUUGAUUUCGCUAAUCGCGUGAAAAAGGAAAUAGCUAUGCGUGGUGGACUUGUCGAUCUUCAAUGGGAUGGGGAGCUAAAACGAAAUCGAGUUCCAACUAAAUUAAUUUUGCAUCAGCAGCAAAAAUAUUUUCGGCGUCUCGCGCGAUACUUUGCAGAUGAUGUGAAAAAGUGCAUCUCUACUCCUGAAAUGAGAACAGUUGGAUCAAGUCUUUCUGCGACUGAUGAUCGAGCAAGCGAAAAUUCAGAAUCUCAUCUCGGUGUUGGUGAGGUGGUCUCAGACGAUAUGAAACACAAAGAUAUUUCGUCGAGUAGAGACUUAUCAAAAAAUGGAGUGAGACGGAAAAGUUCAGAAUUCGAUCGACUUUUUAUUACGAUGAAUCAAUGCCAAUAA